AUGCUCCGCCAACAAGUUCGCUCGCUCCACGCCACGGCCAGAAGAUGUGACUUUUCCAAGAUGACCAUUGUGGGUCGCAUAGGCUCGGAUUUCACCGAAUACACAUCUUCUAACAACAACAAAUACCUGAAGUACAGCAUUGCCUCGCAACCCAGAAGAGACGGUGCAACCAACUGGUACAAUGUGACGGUGUUUAGCGAGCCUCAGAUCAAUUUCCUCACGCAAUACGUGAGAAAAGGUGCCUUGGUUUAUGUGGAGGCAGACGCAGCCAACUACUCCUUCGAGAGAGAAGACGGCUCCAGAGGCACCACUUUGAGUCUCGUCCAGAGUAUGUUCGAAAAAACACACAGCUUGCAAAAACGUCGCGAUGCUUUCAUUUACUAACAACUAUUUUGCAGAGGAAAUCAACAUGCUCAGAAACGGAAAAUCCGACGAGGCCGCCGCUGAGGCCUCAUCCUCCUAA